AUGAUUGGGAUCACACAGCCACGAAGAGUGGCAGCAACGUCACUUGCGCGCCGAGUGGCCGAUGAAUUGGGAUGCGAAGAUCCUGCAACAUUACGGCCACGAUCCGACGUUAAGACUGACAAACCGGCAUACGUUGGAUACUCGGUUCGAUUCGACGAUCGGACCACCCCGCAAACGCGCAUCAAGUUUUUAACGGAUGGAAUGCUGAUUCGAGAGGCCUUGGGCCCUAGUAUUUCGAAGGUGGGAAUGUCGCGCAAGAAGAACGCACGGAACUUUCUGCUGAAACGGUACAGAGUUAUGAUCAUUGACGAAGCGCAUGAGCGCUCGCUGCGCACAGAUAUGCUGCUGGGACUUAUGAAGCAGAUUCAGAAGGAACGAAAAAAGCUCAUCGAUGCUGGCAACACGACCCUUGCGCCUCUAAAAAUCAUCAUCAUGAGCGCUACAAUAGAUGCGGACGCAUUCGCGCGCUUUUUCUCGAAUUCGAUCAAACCAAUACCUAUAUUGUAUGUGGCAGGUCGACAGCAUCGGGUACGGUUGUAUCAUACGGAGCAUAGCUGUCAGGACUGGACAGAUGCGGCCGUUCGCACAGUGAUGCAGAUACACGUGUCGAAGCCGCUUGGCGAUGUUCUCGUCUUUGCUACGGGGCAGGAGGAAAUUGAAUCCAUGGUGCAAUCACUCGAGCUAUUUCAGUCGCAGCUAGAGCCUUGGGCGCGGGAGGAAGGACGCGAUGAUGUACCUGCACUCCUUGUGCGGCCGCUCUAUGCGGCGUUGGGUCCCGCUGCAUCUGCUGCCGUCUUUACUCCGACGCCUGCGCACACAAGAAAAAUAGUACUUGCGACGAAUAUUGCUGAAACAAGUAUCACAAUCCCGGGCGUUCGCUACGUCGUGGACUCGGGGCUUGUCAAAGAGAAAGUAUUUUCUCCUCACACCAGCAUUGAGACACUCCAGGUCCUACCUAUUUCACAGUCAUCCAGCGUACAGCGCGCAGGACGAGCAGGUCGUGAAGCGCCGGGCGAAUGCUAUCGGCUGUAUACGCGCGAUGCCUUCCACCAAUUGCGCCCGAUGCCCGUCGCGGAAAUCCAUCGCACCGAACUGUCUGGCGCUGCACUUCAACUGUACGCGAUGGACCUGAAUCCAUUUACAUUCGAGUGGAUAGAUCCACCAGAUACCGCGCUUCUUCAAGAAGCCGUCCUUCACCUCGCUGAAUUGGGCGCCAUUCAAACACGGAAAGACGGCAUCUUCCUCACAGAAUUGGGCUAUCAGCUUGCUUCUCUCCCUGUUACCCCAUCCUAUGCGCGUCUUCUCCUGGCAGCCGCAGAGCAAGGUACUCGUGUUGCGAGCCAAGCUCGUGAUCUUGUGUCGAUCUUGUCAGCAGACCGGAGCAUCUUUGUGGAACCGACGCAGCCAGACAAGCGCGAGCUUGCUGAACAGGCACGAGAAGUGUUUUACGAUGUGACUGGUGAUCAUGCAACAAUGCUGAAUGCUUUCCGGGCAUACAUAGCUGCACACGACCAUGCGUAUGCGUCUCACGUAUCUGCAGCCGCCGCGCGCCAAGAAGUUCGCAUGUGGUGUCAAACGCACUUUGUCCACGAGCGGACGGUGAAAAAUAUCCUUGCUAUCCGGAAACAGCUAUCGCGCAUAUGUUCACAGCAUGGGAUUGUGUGCGAAGAGACCUCGCAUCAUAAUGCAUCGCACAAAAUAGAGUCAGAGGCGUCCGACUCGGAGAAUGAUCCCGAUGCGUUGGUCGUGACAAAGGGGGCGUCCAUUCUGCCACAGAACGCGGGAGAAAACUAUAUGGAGCUGAUGCAAUGCCUCGGCACCGGUCGUCUGAGCCAUACGGCUUUGCGGCAGCCGGACGGGAGCUUUCGUCGCGUUGCGGGAGGCCAGACCUUCAAGCUACACCCUUCCUGUGUGUUACAUCCAUCUCGGCACGGCGCGCGUGGCACAUCCGACGAAUCCGUUCAGGUGAUUGUGUUUGAAGAGUUGGUCCUCACGUCCCAGACUUUUGCUCGCACCGUCUCGAGAAUGGAGCCUGCAUGGCUCCAAACUUGGCUUGCUAAGUAG